AUGUCUCAUACCGUUUUGUUGGUACAACCUAGCAAGAGGCCAGAAGGCCGAACUUACGCUGAUUACGAAUCAGUGAAUGAAUGCAUGGAAGGAGUUUGUAGAAUGUAUGAAGAGCAUCUGAGGAGAAUGAAUCCCAACAGUCCCUCCAUCACAUAUGACAGUUGUCAGUUGUUUGAUUUCGUUGAUGAUCUGGCAGAUCUUAGCUGCCUUGUGUACCGAGCGGACACUCAGACAUACCAGCCCUACAACAAAGAUUGGAUCAAAGAGAAGAUCUAUGUGCUUCUCCGUCGGCAGGCCCAACAAGCCGGCAAACAAUUCAAGUGGCAGCCUUGGGGGGUGAGGGGAGGGCUUGGAAAACAGGUGUGUACAGCGUGCUGUAGUGGGAGCUUUGUAUUAUAG